GUGCAGAUGCAAAAGUGGAGAGAGAGCAGAGACGAAACCUAAGAGAAAGGAAGCAAGAAAUCUAGAGAGAGAAAGAGGAACAGAAGAGAGAGAGAGAGAGAGAGAGAGAGAGAGAGAGGGGUUGGUUUCAGUUGGUGAUGACGAUGGACAGAGAGAAGGAGAGGGAGAUUGAGCUCGAGAGUUCAAUGUACACUAACUGUUUGCUUUUGGGCCUCGAUCCGGCGGUUAUCGGCGUCGGAGCUUCCAACGGUAUCCCACGAGUUGGCCUUUUCCGUCACUCCAAUCCAAAACUCGGAGAACAGCUCCUCUACUUCAUUCUAUCUUCCCUCCGAGGACCGCUUCAAUCCGCCAAAGAUUUCGAUAAGGUUUGGCCUAUCUUUGAUUCCGCGCAAUCGAGGGACUUCCGGAAGGUCGUGCAAGGGAUCAUCAGUGAGCUUGAAUCUCAAGGUGCAUUACCCAGGAGUAAUUCGAGGGUUUCGUCUUUAGCCACGUGCUGUGGACCGAGGUUUGUUGAACUGUUGUGGCAACUUUCCCUGCAUGCAUUGCGGGAGGUUCACAGACGCACGUUUGCUGCUGAUGUUGCAUCUAACCCACUUCCUGCACCUUUGACAGAUGUAGCGUUUUCACACGCUGCUACAUUACUUCCUGUGACAAAGGCUAGAAUUGCACUUGAAAGAAGAAAGUUUCUGAAGAAUGCUGAAACAGCUGUGCAACAACAAGCCAUGUGGUCUAAUUUGGCUCAUGAAAUGACUGCCGAGUUUCGUGGCCUCUGUGCUGAAGAGGCCUAUCUGCAGCAAGAGCUAGAAAAACUACAUGAUCUGAGGAACAAAGUAAAAUUGGAAGGGGAGCUAUGGGAUGACCUUGUAUCAAGUUCAAGUCAAAACUCACAUCUAGUUUCAAAGGCAACUCGUUUGUGGGAAUCUAUAUUGGCACGCAAAAGUCAACAUGAAGUUCUUGCUUCAGGUCCUAUAGAGGACUUAAUUGCCCACCGGGAGCAUAGGUAUCGCAUUUCUGGAUCAUCUCUACGUGCAGCCAUGGACCAGAGCUCUCAGGUUCCUUACACGGACAUCCUGGCCAGUCAGUCAAGUGAUUCAGAUUCAGUGUUUGUGGAUGACAAAGAUCAGAAUGACAGCUCAAAUGCCAGUUCACAAAUAAGUGAUGAUUCAGUAUCAUGGAUGGAUGAUAGGAGUGGAAGAGUCCAUCCCACUGUUGAUGUUGCCGAAAUCAUUAGGCGUUGGACUCAUGCUUUACAGCGUAUUCAUAAACAGUCACUCCAUCUGGCAAAAGCAAAUGAUGGAGAAGGUCCUGAAAUUCUACGCGGUGCACAUGAUGGUGGUACAAGUGGCCAUGCUGAGUCUUUGGCAGCAACUCUUGCUGAACAUCAACAACACCUGGCAAGCUUGCAGGUGCUCAUCAACCAAUUGAAGGAAGUUGCUCCUGGAAUACAAAAAUCCAUAUCAGAGUGUACCGAAAAAGUGAACAAUAUAUCAUUAAAUCUACCUCCAGCGACCAAACAUCCUGUUCGAUCUAUGUCACCUAUGCAAGCACAGACUAGUGGACGGACAUCGGUUAGUAGUAGUGAUGAGGUUUCUGAGGUGACUUCAAAAAUGUCUUCUGUUCAAUUGGACAAGAUGUCUGCCAGUCCUACUUUAAAGCUCCCUCAAUUGUUUAGUUUGACACCAAACUCUUCUGGAAAAACGGGAAAUACGCAAAAGCGACACAAUUUGGCAUCUCAAACCAGCCAAAUAGAAAAUUCAUAUGAAAACAAAUCUCCUGACCAGCCUUCUUCAAAUGAUCAUAUAAAUAACCUAACACAAGAUACAGAGACUUCUUAUGUCCAGAAUUUAAAGAGAUCAGUCAGAGAAGCUGCUCUUUUGAUGAAAUACAGCAAUUCAGAAGCAUCACGAGAAUGUUAUUCUGAUGGAAGUGCAGAGCACUUUUUUGUUCCAUUUUCAGGAACUGGAUUUGCUCAUUUAGGCCCAGAUAGUAAACAAGCUUCCACGAGGAGUGGAAGGUUGUCUGUUCCUGAGAGUCCUGCUUGUGACUUCAAUAAUGGAAUUGAUUUCAAUGAAUUUACUGGUGCAUUGAAUGAUCUGGAUUCUCUUAAUGAUUUUGACGAAUUAAAUGGAUUUCUUUCCUCUGCUCGUUCAAAUUCUGCAACUUCUGAUGGUCGAAAGUUAUUUUUCGACAACGAUGAAGCUCAGGAUCAAGUAUUCUCACCACCUUUGCUGUUGGACUCAUCACUUUUAGCAGAUUCUUAUGAAGAUCUACUUGCUCCGCUGUCUGAAACUGAAACUGCAAUGAUGGACCAUUAAGUUGAAAUUUCAGCAGCUUUUCAUUCUUCAGUUUGAGAUUUUUCACAUCUCAACACUCAUUCCACGCGGUGCAUACAUCAGUUUACCUCGUCGUCGUCCCAGCUUCACACAGUGGAUGGAUAUUCUUGUUAUUUUUGUGGUAGCCAUGUGCCAACUGAGUACUAUGCUAUUAAUGGAUCACACAUAUCUUCAAGCCUAGCAAAGAAUUCAAAUAUUUUCGGCUGUCCACGAUCGGGACAGUCAUUCAGAUUGCUAUGGUAUUUAAUCCUUUUUCUCGAUUGGUUUUCUGUGAUGGGUUUUCAACAGCUUCCAAUCCCAUUGACCUCAGUCUAAAGUGAGCUUAGGCGAGUUCUUCAAAGUGGUAAGCCAUUCAAACAUUGGGCUAAAAUACUAAAUUCGGAUCAAAGCUCGGGAUCGGUAGCCUUUUGUAUCUAUUGUUUGAUUUAAACAUUAGCACUAAUUGACAAGUUCAUUUAUAUAUUUGCUGAUUUGUAUUUUAUUACCUGAAUUGGUAGCGUUGUUAAUGAACCUCAGAACGAUCUGUACAUUCCCCUACAGAAUUGUGUUCCUGAUUUGUUCAUCUUUCA